CCCGAUAUAAAUAUCGGUCCAAGUGCUGUCAUAGCAGGUUGGGUCGAAGCAAGCAUUGCUGUCAUCGUUGUGAUAGCCCGGACUUACACACAGGCUAAAGUCGUGGGUCGUAUGGGUGCUGAGGACUACCUCAUGAUAUUGUCUCUGAUCAUUGCCAUGCUCAACACAUCUCUCAUAACCCACGCCGUGUCUUGGGGCAUUGGAAGACACAUCUAUUACCUAACACCCGAAGAGACAGUCAACGCUAUAAAAUUUGAAUUUAUUGCUCAGACUCCUGGCAUUGUUGCGCCAACGUUAGCGAGAAUCUCCUUUGCUAUCUAUCUCUUGAAAUUUGUAGGAACUAGCAAAUUCCGAAGGUGGAUCCUGUGGUCUGUUGUCUGGAGUCAAGCUAUCGUCAAUAUCAUCCAGCUAGUCCUCAUCUUUGCUCAAUGCGAACACUUUGCAGCUCUAUGGGAUCCCUCAGUUGGCGGAAAAUGCUGGAGCAGGAAGGUGCAGGUGUACUCCGGCUACUUCCUUGGUGCUUUAAACUGCAUCCACGAUCUCAUAUUGACAUUCCUCCCGCUAGUCAUCUUAAAGGACCUGAACAUAACUCGGCGGGUGAAAGUUAUCCUUGGUGUUUUAAUGGGAAUGAGUAUUUUUGCAUUUGCAGCCUCCAUCGUGAAAACGAUAGAACUCGGAAACCUGGGAAAGGUCUCAGACUUCACAUAUUUCACCGUGUCCUUCAUUAUCUGGUUUACCAUCGAAAAUUAUGUCGUCAUUAUCGCAGCUUCAAUUCCAUCACUCCGACCACUGCUUCUUCAUGUC